AUGGGAAUCAUCGACUUCAUUAAGGAUAUAAUUCGCCCCGGUAACGGGUUGGACUAUCCCAAAAAUGGCGAUAUGGUGACCGUUCACUAUCACGGCUACCUGUACGAUCCGACGCGGUCGUGGAAUAGGGGGCGUCGAUUCGACAGCAGUAUCAAAAGGGGAUACCCGUUCACCUUCCAGAUUGGAAUGGGCAAGGUUAUUAAAGGAUGGGAUAUCGGAAUUCUCGGCAUGAGUCUUGGUGAAAAAUCUCUACUCACUUUUGGACCGCAUUACGGAUAUGGUGAAAGGGGAGCGCCUCCUUUUAUCCCUGGGAACUCGACACUUGUUUUGUAUCUAAUAAGAUAUUCGAGUACUUAUGUCUUCCCAGGAAACAACUAUGUCGAUUUAGGAGAAUGGAUGCGCCAAGAGCGUACUCUUCUCAACUCGGGUAAAUUGGAUGAGGACGCCACGCUCUUUGCUUCCAAAUCGGAACAAUCUCAUGCCCUAGCUGUGCUGUACGAUAGCGGGGAGAGAAAAUGGCAUGUCGAGGGGUAUACUCAAGAGCAACAUGAAGACUUUUACACCAAUCCCUCUGCCCCGAUAGGAGACUUAGGCCAAAUAGUCUUCCUUCGAGGCUUCCUAUCACCGUCGUGGGUGGCGACCAUCGGAAGUAAAUAUAAUAUCGAUCCGGAAUUCUUUCGUCGACAUAUGGAUUUCCUCUCCCCCAGCAUUGAUAGGCACUCAUAUAGUUUGCCAUCGCUUGCUAGCUCUUCGAACAACAUAUUUCGAGUCUGUGUGAAUACUAUCCUUCAUCGUGAUGAUUUCGGCGGGCAGAAUCUCCAGUCACAACGGUUGCAUCAAUCUAAUGAGCUUGCAACUUACAAAAUUCAACAGCUUGGAUCAACGAGAGUCUGUUGCGGAGACUCUCUGGUGCGCGAGUACUCCACCAUCUGUUCAUCCUUUUCUGUGAUCGAACAAUGGAUAUCGUUCUGUGUCACGAAGACAGGCAAAGGCUGGUCCGUCAUUGCCUGGAUGGACCAUGGUAGGCCCUUAGACCAAUCUCCCCCUGGUCCGUGGACAAGUCAUAUUGAAAGCAAGGCUACUCCACUACCUGUGCUACAACAUCAUUCGAAGAUGGCAUUUCGAACCACCAUGAAUCGUCUUGACACGGCGACGAAUGCCGAAGCAGAUAUGCAGCAAAGCACCGCCCUCCUCCCAAUGCAGUACGAUUCACUAAUCGCGCUAGUCGACCUGGCCCGUCGCGCACCUCGGGAUCCAUUAUCCAUGUGCAUCCCAUUAUUCACGCAUGCGGCUUUCUCCGAAGUCCAGUUUCUCAAUCUAAUGGAGUCCAGAAUCAACAUCCAAAUCAACACCAUUACCCAAGGAGUCCCAGCGGACGCGCUAGAAACACUUCAAUACUUUUAUAAUAUUCUAAACCGCCAUGCCCAACAGCUCAAAGACAGCACACAAGCAAUUCACAGAUUAGCCGAGCGAGGAAGCUACGGACUGGAGGAUGCCAAAAUAGACAACCACUCUCCGAAAAGUGCCGUGCCGAUGGGUGCCGGCAGGGGUCGACGCCGGCAGACUUCAGAGACCGAGACAGCCCGCAUCGUCGGAUCUGAUAACUCUGACAGGCCCUUCACACCAAAAGGUCUCCUGGGGGACUAUGAGCAACUGCAUGUACGUUGUACCGAACUAUCGAAAAUGUGUACCUGGGGCAUCACUCUGGCGAUGAACAAAGCGACUAUUGAGGAAUCACGCAAGGCGAUCGAACAGUCCGAACGACUCAAGAAGUUGACUCUGCUUGCAACAAUCUUCAUUCCUCUUACGUUUAGCUCUAGUCUUUUGGGGAUGAAUAUCGAUCUGCUGGGGCAAAAUGCGGUGAAGUAUUGGUGGUUCUUUGUGUUGUGUGUCCCGACGACGCUUGCUGCCUUCAUGAGCACAGCGACAGGCUUCACGACUCCCAACUGCCUUCGGGUGGUGCGAAAUCCAGGAGAUACAUCUCAGAAUGGCAUCGACAUUGUUCUCGUCCCUGGCAUCGGAACUAUAUCGCCAGAGAACUGGCCAUUCGCUGAUCAGGAAUGGUUGGCGACUUUGCCUGACCCUCUUGCUGGAUUUCGGAUACUCGCAUAUGAAUAUGCUUCGCCGUUUGUGGGCACGAAGCCGUCAUGGGAGUCACUUUUGAUGUUAGGCUAUGACCUUCUGCAACAGAUCAGUGACACACGAUCACGAGACCCAGACCAGAAUGCCAACAAGCCGAUCCUGAUAGUCUGUCACAGCCUGGGUGGCAGUAUAGUCAAACAAGCUUUAUGUGUUGCCAAUAAGCAAUUUCCUCGAUACAGCUCAAUCGUGAACGCAAUAGCUGGAGUAAUCUUCCUGAGCACACCGCAUCGAUAUGGCGACAAAAGUACGACAUUGGCUCGGUUCCGAGAUGUCCUGGAAGCAACCACGGGCAAGACAUUGAAGAUUCCGCACGCCAGUGUCGAACAAGAAGGUGCUAUGCUGCUCAACCUCGCCGAUAGGUUUGAAUCAAUCUCGCUUCGUACUCCCAUUCUAUCCGUCUAUGAGCUUAGGGAAUCAAAGCAUAGCUCAGCCUCUUUACUCUCGCGACCCCAGCAGCUGGUCGAUCGUGAAGCUUGUUCGACUCAUGCACCAAUGGAAACGGUUAUUGGUCUCAAUCUCAAUCAUCACGAUACAUGUCAAUUUACAAGGAGUAUUGGUGGUGAAGGCUUACCACAGCUUGAAAGAUUCAUUUACGAGACCCUGAAUGACGCCCAACGUGUUGUCACCCUUCGACUUGAAGACCAGGAAUAUCAAUAUGCCACCAUGAGUGCCUACUCGCCUACUUUGAGCGAAAUGCCGUUGAAAUUGGAGCCGUUGGAAUUCACCGAAUGCCCAUCGAACGAAGUGUCAGAAUGGCCAUCAAACAGGGCCACUGAGGGCACAUCACUUUCAGGUUUCGAGCUCGUAUAUCCCACAGUAUCCAACGCCGAGACCCGAAAGAAACUGAAUUUGCCAUGUUUUCUAAACAUGCAUUCCACAAACGAGGAUUUCUGCGGACGUAAGGAUAUCUUGGAGCGUCUCGCAGCAGAGCUUUUACCUUCGAAGACGGUAAUAACAGCAUCGAGUACCCCGCUACGACAAUUUGCACUCUGCGGGUUCGGGGGAGUCGGAAAGACAGAGAUAGCCCGAGAGUUCUCCCAGCGCUACAAAGAUUCAUUCGAUGCAGUGUUCUGGGUCGUGGCCGAUGAGAUCGCCAAGCUUGACUACCAUUAUCAGCAAAUAUCCCUAGCACUGGGGCUAGAGGAUGCCUCCGAGUGCAAGAGUCAAGUUGUCAGUAGGGAGGUUGUAAAAGGAUGGCUCUCAGAUCCACGGAAGAAUUUCGCCGAAUCCAACGAAUCCGCUCAACCCGACCAAGCCAGAUCAGAAGCAUCCUGGCUAAUUAUAUUCGACAACGCAGAUGACCCAAUGAUACUAGCGGACUAUUGGCCUCAGGGAAGUGGAUCGAUAUUGGUGACUAGCCGGGACCCAUUGGCCAAGAGCAUGUUUACAAGGAGGCCAUCUGGCCUGGACCUCGGACCACUUUCACAACAAGACAGUCUAAGCCUCUUCAACCAGCUAACAUCGUUUCUCGAUGGGGCCGAAGACGAUACAGCGAAGCACAUCUCCGGCGCACUCGGUGGGAUUCCUCUAGCGAUUUCACAGAUGGCAGGGAUAAUCCGUCGACAGGACCUCACCCUAUCAGAGUUCUUCGAGUUAUAUACAGACCACGAAGAACAUGCUAGUCUUUACGAGACGAAGUUUGAUACAAAUCUAACAACAUACCGUCACUCCCUUUCCACUGUCUGGGCGUUCGAAAAGCUGAAGCCACAGGGUCACCAACUUUUGGAGUUGAUUUCGUUCCUAGACCCGGACGUCAUCGGGGAGGAUUUGCUGGUGGAAGCUUCAGUUGAAUUGCUUUCGGACGGCGGUCAUUUCAGGAAGAGCAGUUACAUUGAAGCACGAACAGACCUAUUACAGUCUUCUCUAGUUCAGAGAGAUAAGCAAAAGCAACAGGUAUCGGUUCAUCGCAUUGUCCAAGAUGUCAUCUUGGCAACAAUGGACGUUGCAAAGAAACAGGAUAUGUUUGACCGAGUCGUACGAAUCCUCUGGGCGGGGUGGCCAUCAGCAAUGCCCAAGCCAUCCAAAGACCCUGAAUUACCCCAACCAAAGUCAACCGACGGCAGGCUGUCCGUUGGUAGGUGGCCUGUCUGCGCCGCAAUUUAUCCUCAUGUUCUGCGAAUACAUCAGCUGUGGUCAACAAUCUCACACCCAUCAGAGACGACUAAAUUACUCUUUGCAAAGCUUCUGAAUGAGGCAGCAUGGUAUCAAAAAGAGCGCGGACGAACAAAGCACUACGAUGGUUUCUUCGAAACUGCUCAGAGCAUUUGCGAGUCUUCAUCACAUCCAGAUCGGGACUCUGUACUUGCAGAUAUCUACUUUUGUCUGGGAGCUAUUUCCAUGGAUGCGAGUGACUUUGAAAAUAGUCGAGUUUAUAAAGAGCGAUCCUUGGACCUAGUCUCCAACAUAUGCAAGUCUCUAGGAACCUCAGACGAAAGACUCUAUCUCGCUUACGCCGAGCGCGGUAUCUCACGCAUCCAAGACAAGCGUUACGAGGAAGGUGAGGCCGAUCUAAAAGAAGCUCUGAUGAUCCGCAAAGCUCUCGGAAACUAUGUCCCACGGUCGGGUGAAGCCAAUCUGAGCUGGGCGCUUCUUGCGCAGGGGAAGCUCGAUGAAUGUAAUACGCUGCUUCUGGAAAGCCUGGCAGGGAGAGAAAAGGCACUGGGCAAGAAUGACCGGGACUCUGUCCGGACUGGGCUCAUCCUUUACGUGCUUGGAAACCUUCGUGCGGCGCAAGACCAAUGGGAUGAGAGUUUCUUGUACCAUCAAAGAGCGCAGAACCACAUGCGUGCGACAGUGGGCGACCGUGACUUUUACACUGCAACUGUUGCUCAUAAAAUCGCACAGCAUCUGGUGCGCUUGGGUCGGAGCGAAGAGGCAAUCUCGAUGAUUAACGGCGCAUUGGACGUCUGGUCUGUCGAUCCCAGUGCCCAUAAGAAUGAGAUUGCUCGCUCUACAUUCCUGAAAGCCAAAGUCUUCGACGCUACCGGCAAGACGCAAAAAGCUUCCAUUAGUCUUCGAGUUGCCACUCGUCUGAGGAAGGAGAUUACCAAGGAAGAAAAAGAUGCAAAAAGUCUGACGAUGGGAGAUUUUGACGAUAUUGUUGCAUUUUGGGCUCGCUGA